AUGCAAACCGCAUACGGUGGAAGCCCAAAGCGCCUGGGCCAAGGCCGCCUUGAGACGGAUGACAUGAGUCGCCGUCAAGACGAUUGGGAGCGGGAAAUCGAAACCCUGGACCAGAAGGAGAUGGAACUGCACCAGUCGCAGUUGCGGUUGAUCCGCGAGCAGACAGCCAUGUUCAUUCGAGACCUCUCUGUUCUACAGGGGGAGGUGACCGCCCUGAAGGAGGGAUUGAGUGGCUCCCUGGCGCCACAUUCCCCGCUGCAAAAUGAUUUCAAAGAGCAGAAGGCAAAGCUGCUAUCCCAGGAGCAGCUCACCCUGUCCCUUCAGAAGCGUGUCGACUUUCUGGAGAGGUUGCUCGGCGAGUCCGUCGAUCGGCAUGCGCAGGAGAUCGAGUCAGCAAAGACGGCUCAUGCAAAGCUGGCUGGAGAAGCGAAAGCUCGAGAGGCGCAUCAUGCCUCCGUGGCAGAUCGGCUUGGCUACAUUGAGCAACUGGUGGGUGACUCCUUUGACAAGCAUUCCAAAGAGAUCCAGACGUCGCAUUCCCGAUUGGAGAGCUUGCACAGCCGCCUUACGGCAUGCGAAUCGCAGGCCAACCAGGAUUCACUACGCGAUCGCGUGGAUUUCCUGGAGAAGUUGCUGGGAGAGUCUUCGCAGAAGCACGCCGAGGGGGUGCAAGCGGCCCACGCCAAUAUGGAACGCCUUCAUGGCAGUUUUCAGGAGCAGAUGUCAUCGAGGAUGGAAAAGCUGCACGGAAGCAUCCAAGAUCGGCUCGAGCGGUUGGAGAAGCAGUUUGGGCAGGCGGACGAGCGCCGGUCGAAGGACUGGGAGGUGCGUCUGACUACCAUGGACCAGCAGCUCUCCGAGUCUAUCGCCACGCAUGGCCGGAAGUUGGAGCAGGCCCAUUCCAAGUGGGACCAGCUACAUGGCCGCAUGGCCACCCUGGAGGCUCAGGGAAGCACUAUCGACCAAUUGAAGCAAAACCAUGUGAUCCUGGCGAAUGAGAAGGCCAAGCGCGAUGCUCACCAUGCUUCUAUGGCUGAACGCUUGGAAUAUGUUGAGAAAUUGCUUGGCGACUCUGCCGAUCGCCACAGCCAGGAGCUGAAAGCAGCGCACCAGAAGCUGGAGCAGGUCCACGGCCGACUCUCCGCCUGCGAGCGAUCGCACACCACCCUCACGGAGCAGCAGCGAGCCCGGGAGGCCAACUUGGACGCUCACCACGCGACGCUGAAGGAGCGCGUGGACUACCUGGAAGGCGCCAUCGGUGACUCAGCGGACAGGCAUUCGCGGGAACUCGAGAGCCUGAAGACGGCCCACAGCCGACUUCACAACGACUCUAAGGCCAAGGAGGCGCACACGGAGGCGCACCAUGCCAACGUGGGAGAGCGGCUCGCUUUCUUGGAGAAGGCGAUUGGCGACUCAGCCGAGAAGCAUGCGCAGGAGCUUGCUGAAGCCCAUUCCAAGAUCGCCAGCAUGCACUCUCGCCUUUCCGCCUGUGAAGCAACAGGAUCAGCAGUGGACGGUUUGAAGAAGGCACAUGCCAACCAUGUCUCUGAUCAAACAGCACGAGAUGCGCAUCAUGCGACACUCGCGGAGCGGUUAGACUACUUGGAGAGGAUGUUUGGAGACUCCGCAGACAUGCACGCCAAGCAGCUGAAGGCUGCCCAGGACAAGAUCGAGAAGAUCCAUGCCCGGGUGGCCAACUGCGAAGAGACGGGCUCCACUGUGGCCGACCUCCACAAGUCGCAUCAGCAGGUAAACCAGGAGCACCGAGACAAGAUUUCCAGCCUCCACUCUUCCGUGAGCGAGCGGCUGAGCUACCUGGAGGGCUUGAUGGGGGAGUCUGCUGAGCUCCAUGCCAGGGAGCUGGAAUCCCUGAAGACAUCGCACUCGCGAAUGGCCUCCGAAGUGAAAGCCCGCGAUGCCCAUCAUGCGACAGUCUCGCAGCGCCUGGACUACAUCGAGAAGCUCCUGGGCGACUCAGCUGACAAGCACGCCCAAGAACUCAGGGCGGCCCAUAGCAAGAUUGAUCAAGUGCAUCAAAGAGUCACUGGCUCGCAGCAGGAGGAAAGCUUGCGAGCUCUUCUGCACUCUGAGAAGGAGGCUCGGCAAAAGCAUGUGGCCACCGUGGAAGAACGGCUGGAACGCCUGGAAACGUCUCUGGGUGAGACCCACAGCAAGCAUGCUUUGGAGAUCGAGUCUACCAAAGCUGCACACCAGAGAUUGAGCAAAGAGCAGAAGCUGCGUGAUGAAAAGCACGCUUCCGUGCAAGAGAGGCUAGAAUAUUUGGAAACGAAGAUCGGGGAUUCCUUUGACCAACACGAGCGCGAGCUAAAAGCUGCUCAUGCAAAGUUGGAGCAGGCUCAGAACCGUAUUCUCCAGUGCGAGAAGCAGGGAGCAACGAUAUCCGAACUCCACCGAUCACACAGCACGACCUCCCAAGAGCACAAAGCGGCUCUUGCGGCCCACACGGCUUCUUUGGGCGAGCGCCUGGAAUUCCUCGAGAAGAGCCUGGGCCAGUCUGUUGAGAAGCAUGCCAAGGAGGUGGAGGCCCUGAAGGUUUCUCACUCGAAGUUUGCCACAGACACGAAGCUUCGAGAUACCCACCAUGCGACUGUGUCGGAACGCCUCGACUAUGUCGAAAAGAUGGUCGGGGAUUCGGCUGACAAGCACGCCAAAGAGUUAGCCGCUGCCCAUGACAAGAUCAAAGACAUGCACAAGCGUGUGACGGACUGCGAGGCUCGCGGCAACCACGUGGAUUUCAUGCGGAAGACACACGAGAAGAUGGCGAACGAGCAGGCAGCCCACGCCUCCAACCAUGCCAACUUGAAAGAACGCGUUGAUUUUCUUGAGAAGAAAGUCGGAGAUUCGGCUGACCACCAUAAGAAGGAGCUCCAGGCGACGCGGCAAGCGCAGGAUCAGAUUCACGCCCGCCUGAACGAGGAGCGCCAGAUGCGAGAGCAGGUGCAUGAGCAGUUCCAGACCGAGAAGGCUGCCAGAGAACGGCAUCAUGCGCUCCUGCAAGAUCUCAUUGGUCGGGAGAAAGAUGCUCGAGACAAACAUACGGCACAUCACCACGAGCUGUUGGGGCGCGAGCGUGCUGCCAAUGAGGAGCGCCACAAGGACGUCAGCGAAGUCCUUCAAAAAGAGCGCGGCCUGCGCGAGCAGGCACACAGCAUGCUGCACGACAUGGUGCACAAAGAGAAGGCCGCCCGAACGGCGAUCGAGGAGGUGCUGGUGCAAGAGAAGGGUGAACGAACGAAGCAUCUGGCGCACUUGGAUGAGAAAGUGGAUUCACUCCAGAAGUCCAUGAGCAUCUUCGACAGCUUGGUGCGGAAGGAAAUCGAGGAGAGGACCAAGGAGUACCGGCGCCUAUGGGACGCUAUUGAUACGCAUACGCACGACCUCUCCACUCAGGUUAUCAGCGAGGCGGGCGGCUACGUAGCGCCUGAAGUGACCGCCACGGCCCUGGACUCCAACAUCUACCCCCGGUACUUGACGACGGCUGCGGCACCGACGACAGCUGGGGUGACCCAGACGUGGGUGCCAAGUGUGCCAUCAGUUACGUAUCAGGAACCGGUCGCUCCUUGCGUCGUCCCUCCAAGUACUUCUCCGGCAACUUCCGCAGUGCGCAUGGCUCCGUCG